CAUGAAGCUCCGGAGAUUUUGCCUUCCCUUUCCCUCCUGCCUACUGCUGGUGCUUGCGGGAGCAGAACAGCACGCGUUUGAUGUGAGCGUUUGGCCUGAAAACCCUGUGGCGGAGCACGGAGGAUCCCUCUGGCUGAACUGUAGUACCAGCUGCCGGGAAGCCGAUGCCCGGGGUGGCUUGGAGACGUCGCUGAUCAAGGAGAGGAGAGACAAUGGGAGAAACUGGGCAACCUACCAGCUGGUCAACAUCACGGAGAGGGCGUCCGCCCUGGCGUGCUUCUUCGUCUGUGGCGGGGAGCGUAAAGCAGCGCCUGCAAACAUCACAGUGUAUCGGCUUCCAGAUCGGGUUGAGCUGGAUCCAGUGCCAGUGAUGGAGGUCGGGGAAAACUACACCUUCACGUGCCGCAUCUCCAACGUUGCCCCCAUCCAGCACCUGUCCAUGACCUUCCUCAAAGGAGGGGAAAAACUGCACACGUGGACGUUUGAGAACCACCCUGAGCGUGAACCUGGCAAUGUGGUCAGGAACCACACUGUAACUGCUCAACGGACCGACCAUGGGGAGGGAAUCAGCUGCCGGGCGGCCCUGGACCUGAGACCAGAAGGGCCUCUCUUCGAAAAGGCCUCCCUCGACCAAUUGUUGAAGACUGUCGCUUUCCCGAUGAGUCCCCAGCUUCAAAUCCCACCCUAUGUGGAGGCCCACGAGGACGUGAACGUGACGUGCGAGGUGGUCGGCCUUUUCCCAGCCAACGAGGCUGUGUUUGACCUCACUUUCAUGGGGAUGGGACUGAACUUCAGUGUCUCUGCCUCAGGGGACGCAGCCAGGGCCCAAGCGCUGGUGUCCCCCUCAAAUGCUGGAGAAGAUACACUGAACUGCACCGUGUCCUUGGGGCCAGUGGUCAGAUCAGUGGUGGCCUCCACUCAUGUUUACAGCUUCCCAGAGCCCUCAUUGCAAAUCCACCCAUCUCCCGUCCUGGCAAACCACCCUGUGACUGUUACAUGCAGUUCUCCCGCCACGCAGCUCCCAAAUGUAUCGCUUCUGGUCAAAAAUUCCUCUGGAAGCAUCUUAGCAUCUGGCGAUCAUCUCCCCCUGAGGCUCAAUCUGACAGCUCGGGAAGAAGACGACGGGCAGGAAUUUGUGUGUGAGGCUGAGCUGACAGUGGGUGGAAGAACCCUCACGAAGCACACGUCUGCCAAUCUUAGCGUCUUCCAUGUACCCGAAAUGGACGAGUCCACUUGCCCUGCCAACCGCACGUGGGUCGAGGGGGCGCUGCAAAGGCUCCGUUGCACAGCAAAGGGGAACCCCCAGCCAUCUGUGACUUGCGCAAAGGACGGCGUCCUGCACACCGUGGACCAGGAGGAACAAGUUGCUCGGAACCACAAAGGUCUCUACAGCUGCACAGCCACAAGUGAACUUGGCACCACCACCAGAGUGGUCGCCAUCCACGUGGAAUAUGGGCCUCAGCUAGACGAAUCUCGCUGCCCCAGCAGCCAAAUCUGGGUGGAAGGUUACCUGCAGAAUCUCAGCUGCCAAGCGGAUGGGAUGCCCACCCCAGAGGUCACCUGCAUGAAAGACAGCGUGGUGUACAACGUUGGGAAGCUGCAGAACAUCACUCAAAGCCAUGCUGGACUCUACCACUGCAACGCCACCAAUGUGCACGGAUCGAGUAGCAAGAGCAUUGCUGUCUGGGUGGAGUAUGGUCCCGUGAUGGAUAAUUCCAGCUGCCCCUCCAAUUGGACUUGGAGGAGAGGGACCGAGCGAAUCUUCAUCUGCUCCGCAAGGGGUAGUCCAGAACCUGUGGUCGAGUGUGUCAAAGAUGGCAUUGCUUUCCACCUUGGGGAACUCCAGAUUGUCGCUAGAGAACACGCCGGCACAUAUCUCUGCAGGGCCACAAAUGCGCACGGCUCUGUCGCCAGGGACGUGACCAUCCACGUGGAAUGUGACCAGAAAAUGGACGAAUCCAGCUGUCCGAGUAACUGGACCUUGGUGGAAGGGGUGCUACCCACCUUUGCCUGCAAAGCUGAAGGGAUGCCACCACCACCCACAGUGAUCUGCACCAAGGACGGGGCGUCAUACCUCCUUAGCCAAGGAGAGGGGAUGGGGAUCCCUGUCAACAGUGGGAUGUUCUGGUGUAAUGCUACAAACCGCCACGGGACAGCAGCCAAGUUGGUCACAGUGGUGGUUGAAACCAAGCCAAAGAUGGAUGAGGCCAGUUGCCCCAGCAACCAGACCUGGCUAGAAGGAACCCUACAGUCUUUGGCUUGUGAAGCCAAUGGGACUCCCACCCCGCUUGUCCUUUGCUUCAAGGAGGGAGCCACUGAGGAGUUCCACCAAGAGCAGAACAUCAGCAGGAACGACUCAGGGGCCUACCAGUGCAAGGCCACUAACAGCCACGGGACGGACAGGUGGAUGGUGACGGUGCAGGUGGAAUAUAGGCCCACCAUCUCCCUUCUGGCUGCCAGUGCCUCUUUGCCCAUCAGAAGGGGAGCAAGCUUCAACAUCACCUGCCAGGCUGACGGGUCCCCACCUGCUGUUUACACCUGGAGGGUACCUCCAGCCUCCAACCUCAACUACAUUGGCUACAACGACACGGUGACCGUAACUGAGGCGACGGGGCAGAACAGUGGUGUCUAUGAGUGUACGGCCAGCAACAAACAUGGGCAGCACUUGAGCCAGGUGGAGAUCCAGGUGGAAGAUCAUUGGCUGUACAUUAUUGUCGUCGUUGCCAUAGCUUGUGCUGCGAUGCUGGUCCUGGGCGGAAUGGCCGGGGUCAUCUACUACUUGAAAUCUACAGCCUGUAAGAAAGGCGAGUACAACGUCCGGGACGCAGAGAACUCAACUGAAGCCACCUGUCUGAACCGUGAGAGGGCCUGCGACGGAGAUAUCUACGGCAUACAGCUUACAAGGACCUGAACAAGCCUGAGCAGGUAUGCUAGGCAGAGACGGAGAGGCAGAUGGAAGAGUUCUGUCUGUUCAGCUAUACUGUUGUUGCUAUCUUCUCUGACUGUGAAGGGAAAAUGCCUGAACUACACAGACCUUCGCUUCACUGUGGAAUGAAUCAUCAGCCGCUCUGCUCAACACCCUGUCGAGUGCGGUCAUGAUGGAGGGGCAGUUCAUAACACAACAACAUUCCACAACAAUGUUCAUAACAAACUAUGGAACAGUGCAAAACCUUUCUCCCCAUGGCUGCUAGUUCAGCUGAGCCCCAUAGGAUAGCAGCAGGCUCAGCCACACUUGAAGGAGAGAAAAAAAAGUUAAAUUUGUUAAAGGGGAAGGCGGGGGGGAGGGGCCGUGGGAGAGGAGCAAACUGUCCAAGGUCAACUUGCAGCAGCCGACACUGCUGCUGAGCUCCGAUUAAGGCAACACAGCAAAAGCACGCGUCGCCGGCUGGAACGCUCCCUUCGGCGCCCUCACAGGAUGCAGUCCGUGAUGUGGAUCUGUAGCGUGUCCAGGUCUGGAGCCCUGUACUGGCACUUGGGGCAGCAGUAAUCCGGCUGCUCUUCGGCCAUGCUGUGCCUUGGCCCCGGGGUCAGCUGGGGGUGGAACGGGGCAACACCCAUCAUAUAAGCUGGAAGGGCAAGAAUGAGGACAGGUGAGCAUGCUGAGGUCAAAGUCCCGUUCUCUCCCUCCCCCCGCCCCACUCCCAAGUGGUACCUGUGGAUGCCGUGCCGCCCACCUGGUGUUUUUUAAAAGUGAGUGGGGUCAGGUGGGACUGUUGUCCAGCAACGUUUCUGGAUUGCCACUGGAGAUUUUGAAGAAAAAAGUUUGUUUUGGCAGCAGCUACGACCACAACAUGAGAAUCUUCACUGUGUGACUGAAGGUGAGCCGAAGCAGCCAUUUUGUAACCACGCUACGUCAAAAUGCCAAAGGCAUCAGCAGGCUCAAAAUAAGUUGGGGAGCCCUAGCUAGGCAAUAACAGAAACGUUCCCACGUGUAAGGCAACCUCGGGCGGUGGUUCUUUGAAGAGAGUGACUAAUUUAACUAAUCAUUUCAGCGCUCCACCUGCACUUUUCGUCACUGUGGAAAAUUUCCACACCAGCCAGGUAUGGCUGAGCUACUUUGGCUUCCUACAAACUGUCUCAAUCCAUUCCAAGGCCGUGGCAGAACUUCAGACAGCGCGGGGCAGUGGUUAGGAGCACUGGGACUGUAGUGAAAGGUUCAAGCUCUUGCUUUCCCAUAAAGCUCACUGGCCAGUCACUCUCAGCAAAUCUCAACAGGUUAGUUUAAAGAUAAGGUGGGGGGAGUACCAAGAAAAAGAAGAAGAGUUGGAUUUAUAUUCCCCAGCCCUUUCUCU